AUGGAGCUCGAUAUACAAAAGUUCUUGCAGAAUUCUGGCCUACAUCAUUUUGAGUUUCCGCACUUCCCUACUUCAUACCUUCGUCUUGCGGCACAUCGUGUUGCUCAACACUAUGGUCUGCAGACCAUGGUUCAGGACAAUGCUGUAGAUGGUCAGGGAACCCGGAUUUUGGUUUUAAAGAAGCCAGAAAGUAAGUUCCCUGCUGUUCGUUUGUCAGAUGUACCAGCUAGACAGUCUGAAACUGAUGAACUUGAUCAAAUCAAGAUUGUCUUAAAGCCGAGGCCUUCUAAUGCUUCAUCCAAUGAGGUCAAUGGACUAGGGCAUAAAAGAAGUCCUGUAAGAACAGUGGACGAGAGGAAGGAGGAGUAUGACAGAGCUCGAGCUCGUAUUUUCAGCAGUCCAAGUAGUUCUGAGUCAGAAGAUGCAUCAGGAUGGGUUACUUCUGAUAGGAAGAGUUUGAAUAUGGGCGAGAAUGAAGUUUCAAUGAACUUGGUAGUUGAUGGCGAGAAAAGUCUGGGCAGCAGGGAAAUUGGUGCUUCAUCUAGAGUAGCCAUUUUUAGGGACAGGGAGAAGGACCGCACUGACCCUGAUUAUGAUCGAAGUUACAGGAGGAGCCCCAUUAUGAGCCCUUACCAUGCAAUGGGAUUGAAUCAGACUUCUAGGGAUGCUUUAUACAUGCAGUGGCCAACCCAGUCGAUGAUGUAUGCACACUCAUGUGAUCACAUGAGGCAGACCUUUUUUCAGGCUCCCUUCUAUCAGCAGCCACUAAGUUUUGACUACUCCCAGAACCAUCCAUGA